AUGAUUGCGUCGGCACUGUCGGCAGCGGUCGUGCUGUGCAUUUGGUGCGGCGUUCCACCGGUUUCCGCAUUUCGGUUCGGUUCGCUUCAUUCGCUUCUCCUCAGCCUCCUUGCCACGCCUGCCUUUGCCGCUUCCACUUUCACGAGUCUCACGGCUUAUCGUGAAUCAACGCGCUUCUCUCGUCGACGUGAGUGAACACACGCCAAUAUUGUCGCGUGUGCCGCCGCGUGGAUAAAAAUGCCGCGCAAGAGAGCAUCCACGUUACACGAGACAUCCGCUGGACGCAGAAACGCCACUAAAACUCCAAGGUGAUCUUUGUGUUUUCACCGUGUACAACAGAUUCGUUUUUGUACUCUGUUCGAAAAUCGAAAGCUCCACGUAAGAAAUGGAAGAAUCUCAAAGAUAUGAGGAAUCUGAUAUGUAUAAGGAACAGCCACCUUGCAGCUUACGAAAAUUGGGAGACAUGGUUCCAGCACGUGUCGUGCUGUAUAUGCUUUCGUUUUCCGGAUUUCUCGUGUCUUUCAUGAUGAGAACAGACAUUAACAUCGCCAUGGUGGCCAUGGCGAAGCUGCCGUUAACGUCGAACAAUGAAACCGCCGCGGUAACGUCUCACUGUUACACAAUAUCGAAUGCGUCACACGUGGAGAACACCACUGUAACCAGGCCGGAGGACGCUGGCGAAUUCGAGUGGAGCCCAGCUAUUCAAUCGGCCAUUCUCAGUUCUUUCUAUUGGUGUUAUAUACUUUCGCAAAUGCUCGGCGGUGUUCUUACUCAGUACUUCGGCACUAAAACCAUAUUCGGCGGAUCUCAAGCCGUCACUGCCGUUUGCAGUCUGCUUAUGCCAACUGCCGCGGAGAUUCAUUAUGGGGCCAUGAUAGCAUUGCGUAGUAUACAGGGCAUUGCAAGUGGACUCACGUGGCCCGCGAUGUAUGCCGUAAUCGGGCACUGGAUUCCACCGGUGGAACGCUCACGCUUCAUGUCUUCCUUCCAAGGGUUCAGCAUCGGCAUCGGAUUGACCUAUCCGUUGUGUGCGUUCAUCAUCGUCCAUUUCGGAUGGAGGACUGUAUUCUACACGACUGGUACUGUCGGUCUCGUGUGGUGUAUCUUUUGGUAUUUUUGCGCUUUCAACACUCCUGCCUCGCAUCCCCGAAUAUCUAAGCCAGAACUCCGUUACAUUCAGGAAUGUGUUAGAAACCAAGUUAUCGGAGCGAACGAGGAUUUGCCCGUUCCUUGGAAAUCUAUACUCACGUCUUUGCCGGCAUGGGCUAUCGGUAUUACAACCUUCGGAAGAAUAUGGGUACAUUAUGUCUUUAUCAUUCCCGGCCCGAUGUAUAUGAAGACAGUGUUAGGAUUCAGUAUACAAGCAAAUGGUAUCCUGUCAGGUGCACCAUUUAUCUGUAGCUACUUAAGCUCCGUUGUAUUCUGUUACGUUGCGGAUCUUCUAGUCACGCGGCAAAUCAUGACUUUAAUCACUGUGCGCAAAAUAUUUACGGCACUUUCUCAAGUGGUUCCCGGAAUACUCGUGGUUUUAAUUGGAUACUUAGGAUGUGAUAUUAUCUUAGUUUUAAUCAUAUGGUUCAUAGCUGUUACUCUCAUAACAGCCGGCUAUGCAGGCGCAAUGGCUAACAUCGUUGACAUCGCUCCCAAUUUCGCUGGGCCAGUGCUAGCGUUCGCGCAGACGAUUCACAUGACCGCUAGUUUCCUAUCUCCUAUAGCAGCUGGUCUGCUCACGCAAGAAAGUCAAUCUCUCGAUUCGUGGAGAAAUGUAUUUGCGGUUACUGCAGGUGUAUCUUGCAGUACGUAUAUCGCCUAUCAAAUAUUUGGUACGGCGGACAUACAAGCAUGGAACUAUCCCGAUCAAAAGUAUCCUCAAUCUGUUCAAGAAGACUCUCGCCCGUUAAAAGAUUCAUUGUGGAUAUUAUUGACUGCGCUUCUAUUAGUUGCAAUACUUGUUGCGGAAACUUCUGCAAAAAAAUCGAGCAAAGAUGUGGAAUCAGGAGAUGGUGGUCGAAAAGAAAAGAAGGCCGAUGUAGAAUACCGUACAAAGGACAAACAGUCAAAGAAAAAAGACAAAUACGUAAAAGAGCAGAAAAAAAGAAAAAGUAGCUCAUCAGAACAAAACUCCGAAGAUCCUUCCGAAAACUAUUCAGAAGUGAAAAAGUCAGAACAAAAAUCGAAGAACAAGCGGAAUAAACGUGAAAAUGCUGAAGUGAUAAAUGAAGAAGGGAAUAUAAAUACUGAAAAAGAAUCGAAAUACUCGAAAGAUAAGAUAAAGACGGAAAGUAAGAAAGAUAAAAAUGCCAAAAAACAAUCGAAAGAAUCAGAAGAACCUGUUGAAGCUUCUCAAAAUUCUGAGACUCACCAAAAGUCGAAGAAAGGCUUGAAGGAAGAGAAAAAUAAAAAGAAAUCGAAAAAUAUUGACGAAGUAGAAAAUGUAGAGAAAAAUGCAAACGCUGAUGUUAAAAGUAAUAAGAAGAGGACAAAGCGCUCCAAAUCGGAAAAUUCUGAAAACGUUAAGGUUGAUAAAAAUGAAAAGAAAACUAAAUACGACAAGAAAAAGAAGAAGGAAGAGGUAUCCAAAAACACAAAGUCUAAAGUAAUUGAAGCCGAUGUAACAGAUUCCGAGCAAGAAGAAACUGUGGACAAGACAAAGAAUGAUAAACAGAAACCUCAAGAAGCUUCAAAGAAAAGUAAGAAAAAUAAGAAGAAGCGUGAAGUACAAGAAGAAGAGCAAGCCGAGGAAGAGCAACAAAAAACAAACACUAUCAAAGAGGAAGAAGACGUAAAUGAAAUUGAAACAAGUGAGAUCGAAUCUGAAGAAAAUUGCUCAGCUCAAGUAAAUGAUGAAGAGUGUUCGGCAUCAGAAUAAUAACGCGUUUCAAUGUAUUGAUAAUAAAAGAGUGAAAAACGAUUA